AUGGCUCCCCUAACCUAUCGGAAACGUGUUCAGACCAUUCUCGUGGCUCUCGCAAGGGGGGGAGAAGCAAAGGUCGAGUACAAUACCCUGGUCGGUCAAGUUCGCAAUGCACUCCUACAGGACUCGCGACCUGUAGGCUCUCGUUUCAGAGAACGUAUUGACGAUGCUUUGAGGCGCGAAAAACUAUCCCUGCGUCUCAAAAUCGUUCGUGCUCACGGAAGCCCGUCUACCAUAGAGUUGACAGACGCUGGCUAUCGCUACUUCAAAGGCGUCGGGGCCGUCUCUUUGUAUAAAAAAGGCGAUCCCAAAUUUGACCGCCUCACUGUGGACCAACUCGACAAAGAGAUCCAGGUCCUUCGGGAUGUAUUGAUCAGGACUCGCGAGGUCCUCCAGCGCCACCCAGCAUGUCAUGUCGACGUCGCGGCCGUGGAAGACAUGCCCAAGCUUUGCAUCAACCUCGUCACCCAAAUUAAAACCUUAAGUGUGCAGAUCACUGAAUUGCACAGUGCGCACUCGAGUGACCGGGCCACCAUGCGCGCCCUCGGCAUCAGCUUGUAUUAA